AUGGCCGAGUAUGCACUGCCUUUAUGCGCUAGUUAUGCACUAACAAAGACCUCGCGCAGCUCACUGAAGAAAGGAAAGAAGGCGUGCACCGAGUGUCGCCAGCAAAAGGCAAAAUGCGAUGUCUACUUGAACCCCGAGGAACCAUGUACCCGAUGUCGCAAGGUCAAUGCAAAUUGUGUCAUCUCAGACCCGUUCAAACGAGAACAUAAGCGCAAGCGUCUUUCCGAGUUGGAGCGCGAGUCUGAAGACCUCCGCCGCAAGCUCCGGGCCUCUCAGUCGGCAGACCUGAACCCAUCACCCAUCCCCCCAGUGACGGCGGCAACGAGCUUGACUCCAAGAACCGAGUCGGACAGCGGCUUGAUUCCUGGAGAAUCACACAUCCCACCGCCAUCGUGUCCAUCACAGCUCCUAGCGCCUAGUGGUAUGGGGAGCGCCUCCCUUACCCCGGGGCCGGUUGCAACUCGCGCACGAAUCCUCCAUGGCGUCGAGGUCAGCCCUGACGAGAUUGACGCUUUAUUCCAACUCUUCUUCCAGCACUAUGCACCAUUUCUACCCAUUCUGAGCCCGGAAACCAGACCAGAUACAUACUACGCACAGUCCCCCUUCCUCUUCUGGUGUUUGAUUGGCGUUUCAUCUCGUACAUACACCCGGAACCCGACGCUGCUUAUGGCACUGGCACGGCCCGUCGUCGAGAUGGCGUUCCUGUCUGCAUUGUCGACCUGGCCUCCAUGGCAUACCAUCCAUGGCCUCUUGCUACUACUGACUUGGCCAUUCCCCAAGGGCGAUCAUCCUGACGUAACAUUCCCACUAAGCGGCAUGCUGCUCCACAUUGCCAUGGGAAACGGCCUACAUAUUCCCAUGUCAAGCCACGAGUUUUCGCGCGUCAAGAUCCCAGUCCCGUCCGAGGGGGACCUGGUCCGGCGCUCGGAGUUGUGGGCGCAUACUGUCAUUGUAUAUCAGCGAAUAUGCAUGAUCAAAGGGCAAUUACCGCGAGGAUUGGCCAGCCCGUCGCAGGGCCAGGCCCUCUUCGAUGCACUCGCGCCCUCGAUGGUACUCAGGCUUCGUUGGCAAGAGCUUGUCGUACGAUGCAGUGAAUCGGUCUCGGAAAAUGGGGUGCGCUCCAUGUCCAUCGAUCAAGAACGCGCAUUGGACGCUCUCCUCUGCACCUAUGAAGGACAUGUAGAUGACCUGGAUGUCCAGGCUGUUACAGAGGACGACAGAUUUGAGACGAGUCUUUGCCGCAUGGCAAUCCAGAGCUUCCAUUUUUACAAAGUGCAGACUCUGGUUUCCAGUGCGUUCUACCCACAGGUCCUGGCGACCGCUUGUGAUUUGAUCGACCGUGUCCAGUUGGUCGCCGAUCGCCAGCCUGGUUGCGCGGCCAUGGCCCCAAUCCAGAUCACCUUUGGCCUUCUCCUCGCUUCCACGGCGCUACUUCGGAUCCUGAAGAACAGCACCGCCUCCCACGGCCUGGACACCUCGCGCGCGCGGUCAUCGCUGUUUACAGCCAUCACUAUAGCCAGGCGGAUGUCCAUCGAUAGGUCGGACCUCACUGCAAAGAUAGCCACGGUCCUCACUUCGCUGUGGAACAGCAGCAGGGCCUUCCGUAAAUCCGAUGGCGGCGAGUACCUGGCCCUGCGGAUUCGGAGCCGACUGGUACUCAGUCCAAUCCUCGACGCGGUCUGGUGGUGGAAGGACGAAUUCCAUCACCCGUCUCGGGCAGUCGGAUCCUCCAUGGAGUUCGCAGAUGGUAGGGCCUUGGUGCGCCCACGCUGCGGUAGCGCGCCUAAUGCAGUCUCAGGCUCAGGCUCAGGCUCAGGCUCAGGUUCUGGGAUGGGCGCCCGUCGCGACAUUGCUGGUGGCAUAAUGGUUCCACCAUCUGUCACGGGCGCAGUGGAUCAGAGUAGUACCUUUCAACUUGAUGAGCAGUUCCUGGCCGAUUUCGAGUGGGCUCUGAGCGAUGAUGCGCUUUUUGCUCUGGAUCCUCCACCAGCCAAUUGGACUUGCGCAAGUAAUCUGCCCUGA